CUAUUCACUGACCACCGACGACCGCCACGGAUGAGGAAAGAACCGCCACCCACCUCUCUCCUCUCCUCCUCAUCCGCCACCGUCGCUAAGCUUUUUGUCUGCUUCGAAACUAAAUCUCUGGUUGCUACAUUAUUAGCUCUCGCUCUUGUUAUGCUCAUCUGGAACCUUCCUCCCUACUACCAAAACCUCCUCUCAACCACUCGCCCCUGCUCCGCCCCCUCAGUCACUUCCAGCGCCACAUCAACAACCACCAACGUCUCUCUACUUGUUACCAAUGUAUCAGCCUCCCCAGUUACUGAAAAGAAGUACUUUACUCGAAAGCCCACCGAUUCAAACAAGCGGACAUUCCAAGCCUACGGCAAUUCCGCCGCUCUGUUUGUACAGAUGGGCGCCUACAGGGGCGGAGCCAGAACCUUUGCGGUGGUGGGCCUCGCUUCCAAGCCGAUACACGUCUUCGGCCGCCCCUGGUUUAAAUGCGAGUGGAUCUCCAACAACGGAUCUUCUUACAGGGCUAAAGCCUAUAAAAUGCUUCCGGAUUGGGGGUACGGUCGCGUCUACACCGUCGUGGUAGUCAAUUGCACUUUCCCUUUCAACCCCAACCAGGAAAACGUGGGUGGCAGGCUCAUGGUCAACGCCUAUUACGGCGAGUCUCCGAGGAAGUACGAGAAAUUCAUGGCUCUGGAGGAGGUGCCUGGAUCAUAUAACGAGUCCAAGUACCACCCACCUUUUCAAUACGAGUAUUUGUAUUGUGGGUCGUCUCUGUACGGGAACCUGAGUGCGGACAGGAUGAGAGAAUGGAUGGCUUAUCACGCCUGGUUCUUCGGACCCAGAUCGCAUUUCGUGUUACAUGACGCCGGUGGGGUGACGGCAAAGGUGAGGGCGGUGCUGAAGCCGUGGGUGCGAGCAGGGAGGGUGACGGUGCAGGAUAUCAAGGCGCAGUCUGAGUUUGAUGGGUAUUACUACAAUCAGUUUUUGGUUGUGAAUGACUGUCUGCAUCGGUAUAAACAUGCUGCCAAUUGGACAUUUUACUUUGAUGUGGAUGAAUAUAUCUAUUUGCCUGUGGGAAAUACUCUGGAAUCGGUUCUAAACGAAUUCUCCGAUUAUACUCAGUUCACUAUUGAGCAGAAUCCAAUGUCCAGUCUACUCUGCUUGAAUGAUUCCUCACAAAACUAUUCCAGGGAAUGGGGAUUCGAGAAGCUUCUAUUCAGGGAAUCAAGAACUGGAAUUAGGCGGGACAGGAAAUAUGCAAUACAGGCCAAGAAUGCACACGCUACAGGGGUUCAUAUGUCUGAGAAUGUGAUUGGGAAGACCUUGCACAAGACAGAAACAAAGAUUCGGUAUUAUCACUAUCACAAUUCUAUAACGGUACACCAAGAGCUCUGCCGGAAAUUCCUCCCCUUAUCAGCCAGGAACAAUGUAAUAUGGUACGAUAAGCUACCUUAUGUCUAUGAUGAUAACAUGAAGAAGCUGGCUAACACCAUCAAGGAAUUUGAGCGUAAAACCAUUGGAAAUCAAAAUAAUCAGGCUAACUCAUGAUUCAUUCAUCUCAAAAUGCAAAUGCCAGCUACCUCUCCCCGCAGUAUACAUAAAUUCAUGCCUGCUGCUUGUUGUAAUUAUUCAUGUUUUGGGUUGCUCAAAGUUUACUCCUCUUUACUUGCUGAGGUGACCCACCCACCCACUGGCAUGACUGGUGGAAAAUCAAUGGAAAAGGAGAAAGAUGCAAUAUCAAUUGGUUUGUCCAUAAAGGUGAGUGCUUUACAUGUACCAUCAUUCCAUUUUGUCCUUAAAUUUCUAUUUUAUUAUCCUCAUAAUAAAUUCAAUCUCAUUUUAGAUCUCUACUGGAAGCUGGAAGGAAAUAUUGUAAAAUUGUUUAUUAACAUUUCCUCCAUCUGUUAUGUAUAAAUGAAGUUUUGAUUUCAUAAUAUAAGAAAUAUAGAGGUGUCCAUGUU